CAAACUGCUUGAAGAAUAAACAAAAAAUAUACACCUCCAGCAGUUUCAAUUUGCAUUGUUCAAUCAUAAUUAAUAUUUUGUACUCUUUCUAAAUACCUAAUAAUUUAUCCAGGAUGUUUUACGUGGAUUCUCAACGUACGGUCACACGUCGUGAAAGUUCUUUGGUAGCGCAUAAACGGACGGGCCUGGAAGGCGAAUUUGAUGCAUGGUCUGCAGUAAGAGCCCAAUCUACUGUGCCACUAAAUAGUGAUUCUUCGGCUUCUAUGUCAACUCGCCCCAAAGGUUCCAUCCGAAAAGAUAUAAUUACAAUGAUGUUCGAUGCCAUGUUAGAGAGCAUUGUAGAGUCGUGGGAAACUAUUCCAACAAAGGGAGAGGACAGCUCUCGGUUCGAUUUUGCGACCAGGACAACGAGUGACACAACGUUCAUGGGCGGGAAAAAGAAAAAAGCUACAACAAAAGGAUCUAAAAGUAAACGAAGCCGAUCAAGAAUUGAAUUUGGGAUGGACUCUAUCCAAACGGUUUGGUGGGCUAUCCCAGAUGAAAAGGCCAUUAUUAAAUUUCGAAACGGCAAUUUCUACGAAGGAAGCAUAUCUUCUAAAUGUAUGCACGGAGAAGGUCGUUUUGUUUGGAGUGACGGAACUACCUAUUUGGGUCAAUUUAAAGACAAUGAAAUCAACGGAAAGGGUAUGAUUCACUGGAAAGAUGACACGUGGUAUGAAGGAGAGUUUGUUGGUAACCUGCGCCAUGGUAAUGGCAUAUAUGUAGACUCCCGCACCCAACGUUCCUAUGUGGGCGGGUGGCACUGUGGAACUAAACACGGAGAUGGAGUCAUUUACUAUUCUUAUAACUUCAAGAAUUCCUAUGAUGGUCAGUGGAUUCAUAAUGAACGAUUCGGGUACGGUUCUCGAGAGUACGAUGAAUCAAGUGGAUAUAAAGGAGAUUGGGACAGAAAUAUAAGGCAAGGGAAGGGAUUAAUGAUAUGGCCAAACCACGAUUUUUACCGUGGUGAGUGGCAUAAUGGAGUUAUGUCCGGUUACGGAAUUUACAUAUGGGAAACUUCUUAUAAUAACACAAUGUCAGUGCCUUCUAUAAAUUCAUUUUGUGGUACAUGGGAAAAAGGUCAACGCCAUGGCUAUGGUACUCUUCACCUCGGAUUGGGCUUAGGCUCGCAUUAUAAGGGCGAGUUCAAUAAAAAUAAAAAGCAUGGAGUUGGCAAGUUUGUCACGAACAAUGGAUUAAUUAUCCAAGAUAAAAACCUUUUCAUUGAUGACAAUAUAGCACCAGCGCUUGGAACCGAAGAAAGAUACUUACAGCAAACCAAAAGAGAUUUAUCAAUAAGCCACGAACCACAUAAAUUUGAUAUAUGCGACAAUAAUGUAGGCCUCAGUUAUCAUGUCGAUCAAGCGUUUAAAAAUUUAGAUAAACGGGAUGAAAUAAGAAAAAAUAUAAUCAUCGAAUACAUGGAAAAUAAUAAUAUUAUAAAUAAAGAACUUUUAAAAAUUGGUGUAAUUGACGAAACUUCCUCAGAAGAAGCAAUUAGAAAAGAAAAAUUGGUCACGUUAAUCAUGUUUGAGGAAACUUCGCUACGAAAUUGUUUGAAAUGCUACGAAACUGAAUUGUUGAACAUUUACUAUAAAUACGCUACUAUUUGCAAUUCUAAAGAAGUAGGAUUCACGCCUAUAUUGAUUCGUUUAUAUUUAUGGCAAUUAUAUUACGACUGUAAUGUCCACGAGCGAGGUUUAACACUCAUUGAGAUUGAUAGGAUUUAUCACCAAAAUCCUGAAUGGCUUGCAAGGUCUGCUCACAAUCCGUUCGAGAAGAUUUACUUUUGGCAGUUCUUACAUAGUGUAAUUUCGGUUGCUAGUAGAUUAUAUGCAAAAAGAGUAUUGCCUGGUGCUAAACCUGACACAAUCAUAGCAUGUGCUCUUAGAAAUUUCAUGGAUAAUGAUGUUAUUCCGGGAACUACUCGUCAGAGAGGUAGCAGUCGUUUCAAGUUUCUAACUCUGAUUAGUGAUAGUGAGUGUAAAUAUAUGUGUAAUAUUAAGACAUUAACAUUAAUUUUAGGUCACCUGGUAAAUGGUUUCGGUCAAUUUGUACCGUUAAGAGCCACCUACGACCUAUAUCGCAGUUUGGGAGAACCACACACAGUGCGCACUUUUCUAUGCGCCGUUCGCCGAUCACCACACUUCCUGCACCAUCUUCAACCAGAUAUUGUUGAAGUACCCGAUGUAUACCUGCCGUUAGGGAGGAACGUUUAUAUAUUUGGAGAUGAAUUGUCCUUUGUUGUUGAUGAUAAUGAGCUCCCUGAUAUUUUUGAAUUACCAGAAGAUAUUGAGAAUUUAAAAUUGUUCAAUUUCGGCAACUUAUCAAGCAAAACCAUUAUAAAAAUAUUUUCAAGAAUAUUUCCACAGCUAUGUGAACAAAAUAAAAUUAUGAAUCUAGACAUAGAACUUUCGUUUUUCGAAUUUUUUCAAGCUUUUAUUUCAUGCGCUGAAGAAAGCAUUCGCGUGAGAGAUGAAGAACUGAAGUAUAAAGAAAUGGUUACGUACAAUGAAACUAUAGCACCACCGAGUACACCAGCGGGACACGGUGCAAGAUCUAAAUGAAUAAAGACCAUUAAAAAUUUCCAAUUGAUGAUGUCUUCUCCGCCCUGGCUGCUCAACAGGGUGAUUCGGUCGGACCUCACACACAACCACGGCACAGCACCACCACGUGGUGACUACCAGUGUCUGGAUACACACACGCCUAUAGGACACAUACGUGAAAUGAGAUUAUUCCGUUGCCAAUCUUUCGAUCCAGCAACGUGCCUUCAAAAUUUCCCCAAUCUUGAGAAAUCCUUAGACAAUAAUGAAAACAAAAAGAUAUGAAUACAUUAAUUUAUUAUAAUUAUUCAAUCUCAAAAAUAAACGAAAAUUAAAUCAAACACAAACAAAAACAAAAUAGAACUUAAACAUAGGAUUAUGAAUUCUUUUUGUCCACCCCAGCUCAUUUAACUGAGAUAUUAACUUUGGAAAUUCUGUGUGAUUCUGAAAAUGAUUAAAUUCGUAUAUUUUUAUUUGGAUGAAUAACUAGUUUGUUUCAAAACAGCUAGUCAGUAAUGAAACAUGAAUUUUUAAAAUUUCCUAUGCAUCUACUUUAUACAGAAUCGUUUUCAUUAACAUUGUUAUGUAUUUAUUUUACCUUUAAUAAAAUUGUAAUUUAAUUUUAUUAAUUAAAAUAAAUGUUAGACCUAUAAUAUGUUUUAUUCCAUUUUUUUAAUCUUGUUAGUGGCAGCGGCAGUGCCAGUAUUCAAAUUUCAUUCUAUUAUGGAAAAAAUUAUUUCUUUUAUACAAAAUUAUCAUUGAUUUCUGUUGCCACUAUAACAACACGAAUACUAAAAUCUGAAUCAAAUAACCAUUUAAAAAGGCUCAAGUAAAAUAUUCACAAAAUAUUUAGUUACACAUAACAUAGUCACUUUAAAAAUAAAUAACUAAAAUAAAAUAAAGAGUGUAAAGAAAAUGUAAGCGGUUUCCCAGUACAUACACCAAACUGCUAGUUGUAUAAGGUACACAUGCAGAAAUAUUUAGAAUUUACCAAACUUUCUAAAUUAUAUGAUUAACCUCUGCUGAACAUUUCUCUCAGAAGCAAUGCAGCACUAGUUGUUUCCUGAAGUAUUAUACAGCAGAUACCUGAACAUACUGUACUUUCGCAAAGCUUUUUGUAGACAAUUCUCGGCUUUGUAUGCAACUUGCAGUGCAUAAUAUUUUAAGACAUUUCAUUUUCAGUAAAGAUACUAAACUAAAACAACUACUCUGUUGCCUGCUCUAUGUUUAUUUGACUACCUAUAUCUGUGAACAACAUUUAGGAAAACCCAUUUACAAAAUUAAAUAUUUCCAACUUAUUCAUGUGAUUCAUACUAUUAUUCUCAGAAGUAUGUAAUGAAUCAAGUUUUUGUGUGACAUAAAAAACAAAAAAAUACAGAGAAAAAUAAGUUUAAUUCAAUAACAUGGAACUCUAGUUGCCAAUCCUAUGAAGUGAGGCAUUUCUUUACAACAAUACAAUCUUAUUGAUACAAAAUUGAAUUGAAAAUAUUAUCUCAUUGUGUACGCCUUCUCUUAAAACCUUUACCUUUCUUUGAUUUCAUUUUAUGCUUCCGUGAUACACGGUUACUGCUUGUACCUGUGAUUUCAUCAGCAAUCAUUCCUACAGUAGAUAAUUUUUUCCUGCGGUUUUUCUCAGCCUUUGUAACUGGCAGACGUGUUAAGUAAUUCUCUUCAUAUUCAGUUUUUUCUUGUUCAUAUUUCGAUAUUGACUGUUUUACAUGGUUCCCUGUGCUGACUUCUAGUGGAGCUUCAGAAUACUCUUCACGGAGUUCACGCAUUAUGCUGGAGUUCAAGAACUGCUUCUUUGAUUUUUCUUUCAUCUUUUUAUCAUUAUCAAUUCUUGAGGUACUCUCAUCAAAGUGCACAGCAGCUAAUUUAGGGGGCACGUAAAUAUUUGAUUUAUUAGCCUUGUCUGUCUUGGUUUCACCUUCAUCUGAAGAUUCACUAGAUUCUUCUGCAGAGUCAUUAAUUUUACUCACUAGGUUUGCAGGAUUGGCAUGAUAUGCUUGAGGAUCGUCUUCUGAUGUGCCACCAACAACAGCAGUUUUUACAAGUUUGUCAAUUUGAUAUUUUAGUUUGGAGUCAAUAGGACGAAUUUUCUCAAGAACGGUUCUUAUUUCAAUAAGCCUUUCAAUCGAUGGGUCUGAUUCUAUUCUUUCACCAGAGCAUUUUCUUAGAACUAUAUAAGUCAAAUUAAUUAAAUAACUAAGUAGCAUUUGAUAUUUCAUUUCUAGAAAACUAAGACCUUUAUCUGUAGAUAGUUCUCCGCUUUUGACGCGCACUAGCAUGUUGUCCACGAGUUGUGAUACCUGCUGCACGUUAGUGUUCAUUUCUUUAAGUAGCUUUACAGCUUGAGGCAGGUCAGGCUGCUCUACUUCCUCUGAAGCCUAGAAUCAUGAUACAGUUAAAUUAUAAUCAACUUCAGUCUUGUUUACAGCAAGGGUUUAUUAAAGUGGAAAACGA